AUGCAUCUCAAUUUGCUGCUUAUAUCCUCCCUCUUCGCUGCUUCAGCCCUCGCGGCACCAAGCGCUUCAACAAAGAAAGCUUGUGAAGAAAUCUCGAAAGCCAUUCCGGGUCGUGUAUCACUUCCGUUCACUAUCAACUUCAACAGUCAAUCAUCAGGAUACUGGUCCACAGCUUUACGUGAGAUCAAGCCCGCUUGUGUCAUCACUGCCAAGUCAGCUAAAGAUGUUUCAACCGCUGUUACGAUCUUGAACAAGUAUCCUGAUGUCAAGUUCGCUGCCAAGUCCGGUGGACAUGAUCCUAAUCCUACUCAUGCCACUGCGGGCGAUGGAGUUCUCAUCUCACUAAAUGAGAUGGUUGGCGCUGCUUAUGAUUCUGAUAAAAAGGUUGCGUAUGUUAAGCCUGGUGGAGAGUGGAAUGAUGUUAUUUCGCAGCUCAACAAGGAUGGGGUUGCUAUCGCCGGAGGUCGCCUUGGACUGGUCGGUGUUGGAGGUCUGCUUACACAAGGCGGAAUCUCGUUUUUGAGCGCUCAAUAUGGUUUGGCUGCCGAUAACGUUGUCUCCUGGGAGAUGGUCAACUGGAACGGCACAAUCAUCAAUGUUGACGCAAAGACUCAGCCCGAGCUUGCCGUCGCAUUGAGAGGCAGUGGCAGCCAGUUCGGUAUUGUAACGCAAUUCACCGUCAGAGCAUACCCCAUCGGAAAGGUCUGGGGCGGUAUUCGCACCUACGACGAGUCCAAGACAGACGAACUCUACGAAGCGAUGCACAAGUUCAUUCCAUACAGCAACGAGGACCCAAAGGCCGCGAUUAUUGUUACCAGUCUCAUCCUCACUGGAAGUAGCAGGAUCAACCUUCUGUUCUACUUCUAUGAUGGCGAGAAGCCUCCUACCACUGGAGCAUUUGCCGAUUUGUUGAAGGUCAAGUCGACGCUUUCUACUACCAAGACACAGUCGUAUCCCGAUCUGACCGCCACCAUCCCAUACUUCCCCGACGACUCAAGCGUGUACGCCGAAAUCACCGACAAGUUCGUUGAGAUCACAAAAACUUACUUCAAAAACCUCCGCGGUCUCGCCUCCCAAUGUUCCGUUGACUUCCAGCCUCUCCCCUCCUCGAUCGGCAAACACACCGAGGAACGAGGUGGGAACGCCAUCGGAUUCACCGCCGACGACCCUGACCGGGUUCUUCUCGAGAUCCAGUGCGCCUGGGUUGAGAAACGCUAUGACGAUACUGUUCGUCAGUUCUCCAAGGACUUGACGGCUUGGAUUGAGGAUAAGCUUCCUGAGUGGAUUGAGAAGAAUGGAGGAUCUGCGGAUGAGUAUCUUCCGUUGUUUAUGAAUGAUGCUAUGUAUGAUCAGAAUGUCACGGGGAGUUAUAAGGAUUACGCCAAGUUCAAGGAACUGCAGCUCGAGGCUGAUCCGGAGGGUGUUUUGAGAGAGAGAAUGGGUGGUUUCAAGUAUUAA